GGGCUUAAACCCCUAACUGGACUGCAAGGCCUCGCUGAUCCGAUCUUCUUCCGCAGAGUUCGAGCGAAAAGGACGACGGCGAAGAGGAUGCCGACCGCCCCAGCAGCAAUAGCGGCGGGAUUGAAGGGGGGAGCGGCGCCACCGAAGACGGUGCUUGUGACUGGGGCAAGCCGUGGUCUCGGCCGUGCGCUCGUACUCGAGCUGGCCAAGCGCGGCCACGUCGUCAUCGGCUGCCUGCGCUCCGCUGAGAAAGUUAAAUCUCUCGAAUCCGAGUUGAUGGCUUUUACUCCCAACGCUUCCUCCUCUUCCGCUGCUCCUCCCUUCAAGCAUUUCGUUGCCGAUCUAGACGUGAGAUCGGAUAGCAGUGUUAAGGAGUUGGCUAAGCUUGUUGUGGAGUCGGGACGAGUGCCUGAUAUCAUCGUGAAUAAUGCAGGCACUAUAAAUAAAAACAAUAAAUUUUGGCAAGUUCCAGCAGAAGAAUUUGACAUGGUCAUAGAUACCAAUGUGAAAGGAAUUGCAAAUAUAAUGCGCCACUUUUUACCCCUUAUGAUAGAAAAGAAGCAUGGUAUCAUUGUGAAUAUUUCUUCUGGUUGGGGGAGAUCUGCAGCUGCAGAGGUUGCCCCAUACUGUGCUUCAAAAUGGGCAGUAGAAGGUUUGACGAAAUCUGUUGCAAAGGAGUUGCCUCCAGGCCUUGCAGUCGUUGCUCUCAGUCCUGGGGUGAUAAACACUGACAUGCUUACCUCAUGCUUUGGAAGUUCUGCUGCUUUAUAUCAAACUCCAGAAAAUUGGGCACCUAAUGCUGCUCAAAUGAUACUUAACUUCACAGUGGAAGAUAAUGGCGCAUCACUGACCGUGUGAAUUACCUGAGCAAAUCUGAUCUAAUUAAAAACUUAACACAUGGGCAUUGGAUAUUCGAAUUACAACCCCAAGUAGGUGGAUGCUUCCAAGAGGAGAUUGAAAUCAAAAGAAGUUAGAACCAAGUCAGGAUUGGAGAAACAGAAGUCUGCGGAAGUAGUGCUUCCCUUACUGUUAAUUCUACUGCAGCCUUUAGAAGAUGAAGAAGGUGGAGAUGUCGAUGGUUAGUGAGUUUCAAGUGGUUUAACAACCUGUACUCUGUCAUCAGUGGUGCAUUUUUACAAAGUCGAUGUAUAUUGGCAGGUUUGAAGUCUCAUGACCAGCUGCUUAUCGUCCUUUGUCAGAAAA